AUGGCGAGUUGCUCCUUCGCUCGCGACCAGGCGACAAGGAGGCUGAGAGCUGCGGCAGCGGCAACAGCGGCAGCGCUAGCUGCGGUGGCGACCACCCCGCUUCUUCUCUCGGGCACGCCGACCGCACUCAUUGGGACCGGGUCGUCUUGUCCGGGAGCCAUGUGGCUCUCUACGGCCACUGGCUCCCGGUCAGACUCUGAGUCCGAUGAAGAGGACCUCCCCGUCGGGGACGAAGUCUGCAAACGCGGCUACCUGAGGAAGCAGAAGCAUGGGCACUGGCGCUACUUCGUGCUCAAACUCGAGACCGCCGACGCCCCAGCUCGGCUAGAAUACUACGAAAAUGCCAGGAAGUUCCGGCACAGUGUCCGCGCCGCGGCGGCGGCGGCGGCGGCGGCCGCCUCUGGCGCCGCGGUCCCCGCGCUCAUCCCACCGCGGCGCGUGAUCACCCUGUACCAGUGCUUCUCGGUGAGCCAGCGGGCCGACGCAAGGUACCGACACCUCAUCGCCCUCUUCACCCAGGACGAGUACUUCGCGAUGGUGGCCGAGAACGAGUCGGAGCAAGAGAGCUGGUACUUGCUGCUCAGCCGCCUCAUCCUCGAGAGCAAGCGCCGCCGCUGCGGCACGCCCGGCGCGCAGCCGGAUGGAGAGCCGGCCGCGCUGGCGGCUGCAGCGGCGGCGGAGCCACCCUUCUACAAAGAUGUGUGGCAGGUAAUAGUCAAACCCAGGGGGCUGGGGCACAGAAAAGAGCUGAGCGGCGUGUUCCGGCUCUGUCUUACCGACGAGGAGGUCGUCUUUGUGAGGUUGAACACCGAAGUGGCCAGCGUGGUCGUCCAGCUCCUGAGCAUCCGUCGCUGCGGUCAUUCGGAGCAGUAUUUCUUCUUGGAAGUCGGCAGGUCCACCGUCAUCGGUCCGGGGGAGCUCUGGAUGCAGGUCGAUGACUGCGUGGUGGCCCAAAACAUGCACGAGCUGUUUCUGGAGAAGAUGAGAGCCCUGUGUGCAGACGAAUACAGAGCGCGCUGCCGCAGCUACAGCAUCAGCAUCGGCGCCCACCUGUUAACCCUGCUGUCCGCUAGGAGGCACCUGGACAUGCUGCCGCUGGAGCCCGGCGGCUGGCUGAGAAGGUCCCGCUUUGAGCAGUUUUGCCACCUCAGGGCCAUCGGGGACGGGGAAGACGAGAUGCUCCUCACCAGGCGCUACAUAACACGCAGCGAGCCCGUGCCCCCCUCCAGGCGAGGAAGACUGCACCUGCCCAGAGCGCGGAGGUCCAGGAGAGCGGUUUCAGUGCCAGCCAGCUUUUUUCGCCGCUUAACAGCUAGCCCAGUGCGGGCCCCGCAUCCCGCAGAAGCCCCCAACCAUGGAGCUUGCCCGUCCUCUGAAGCCUCCGGCCCUGGCAACUCUGGGGAAGAAGACAGUCCUCAGGGCAAACAGAAUCAGGAAGGAAACGAAGGUGACUACAUGCCCAUGAACAACUGGGGCUCCGGAAAUGGCCGGGGUUCCGGAGGCGGCCAGGGCUCAAGUGGCCAAGGCUCCAGUAGCCAGAGUUCAGGAGGGAGCCAGUGCUCGGGAGGGGGGCAGGGCUCUGGAGCUGGCCAGGGCUCAAGGGGUGGCCAGGGCUCAAGCAGUGGCCAAGGCUCAGGGGGCCAGGGGGCAGGAGGAAACCAGCGUUCAGGAGAUGGCCAGGGCACUGCAGGCGGGUACGGCUCAGGCAGUGGCCAGGGAGCCAGCGGCGGUGGACACGGCUCGGGCAGUGGGCAGGGACCUGGAGAUGGCCAUGGCUCAGGCGGUGGCAAGAACUCUGGAGGGGGCAAAGGCUCGGGAGGUGGGAAGACCCCUGAUGGCAGUGGUGAACGUGGAAAAUCUCUGAAGAAAAGAUCCUACUUUGGCAAAUUAACUCAAAGCAAGCAGCAGCAAAUGCCACCACCUCCACCUUCUCCACCUCCACCCCCUCCGGCUGCAGCAACUGGUGGUAAAGGGAAGUCUGGGGGAAGGUUCCGACUCUAUUUUUGUGCCGACAGAGGAGCCACAAAAGAACGUAAAGAAGUCAAAGAGACAGAGACCCCAGAAGGAGCAGCUCGGGGGCCCCACAGAGCCAGAGCUUUUGAUGAAGAUGAGGAUGACCCAUACGUGCCAAUGAGGCCAGGGGUGGCCGCCCCUCUGGCAAGCUCCAGUGAUUACAUGCCAAUGGCUCCUCAAAACUUCUCUGCUUCAAAACGCCACUCUCGAUCACCUUUUGAAGAUUCAAGAGGGUACAUGAUGAUGUUUCCCAGAGUGAGCCCACCACCUGCCCCAAGCCCUCCAAAAGAGCCGGAUCCUCAUAAGGAGGAUGAGGCAAAAGACAAUGACAGUGACAGCGACUAUAUGUUUAUGGCACCCGGAGCCGGUGCAAUUCCGAAAAACCCCCCAAACCCUGAGGGUGGUUCUUCCUCUAAAAGUUGGAGCUCCUACUUUUCUCUGCCAAACACCUUUCAGGGCUCCCCGUUGGGACAGAGUGACCACAGUGAGUAUGUACCAAUGUUACCUGGAAAAUUCCUGGGGAAGGGCCUAGACAAAGAAGCCUCAUCUAACAGGGGCCCCAAAGAUGCAGUUUCAAAGCUUUCCGUUGAGGGAUCGUUCUCAAAGCCUGGAGAUGGGGGGGCACCUUCAAAGCCUGCAGAUAAUGGGCCCCCCAAGAACAAGGCUAAGAGACCUAACCGCUUUUCUUUUAUUACAAAAGGAUAUAAAAUCAAGCCCAAAUCACAAAAGCCCACACGUGAGCAGAGAGAAGCUGACAGCUCUGGUGACUACGUCAACAUUGACUUCACUAAGAGAGAUAGCAAUAUGCCAGCCCCCUUUAUCCAAAGACUGCCAGGUUCGUGGAGCAUCAUUGCUGGCCCCAGACCACCAGCUUUCUCUAAUUAUGUGAAUGUUGAGUUCGGAGUGCCAUUUCCGAACCCAGCUCACCGCCUCUCAAAUCUAUUACGAGCUUUUCCAGGUGCCAAUCCCCUCUUUCUGGAAGGUGCUAGGUGGCCACUUGUGUCUCUUCUUCCCAGUGCUCUAGGUGGCAAUGCUAAUGAGGAAGAGGGUGACUACAUCGAAGUGAUUUUCAAUCCAGCAAUGACACCAGCCGUGCCUUUUGCUGACAGUGCCAUCCGCUAUGAUGCUGAAACAGGUCGAAUCUAUGUGGUCGACCCAUUUUCUGAGUGCUGUAUGGACAUUUCUCUCUCCCCCAGCCGCUGCUCUGAACCACCACCUGUGGCUAGGCUGCUGCAGGAAGACGAGCUGGAGCGCAGACGCCCUCAAAGCCGUUCGCAAAGUUUCUUUGCCUCCGCCAGAGCCGCUGUCUCGGCUUUCCCCACCGACAGCCUCGAGAGAGACCUCUCCGCCUCCUUAGCCUCGGCAGCUGCGCCAGCCGUAGCCGUGGGUCGGGCUUUAGCCGCCGCCUCCGCCCUCGCCGUGGCCCCCGGCUUCGGUGCGGCCGCCAGGGGCUUGGAGGCCGCCGCUGGACUUGACUCCGCCUCUGUCCGCUGGUUCCAACCUGUUGCUAGUGCUGCUGCUGCCCAAGCGGUAAGGGGGGCCCCAGACCCAGGUGCAGACCUGGCCCGAGGUGAGAUCGGGGCUGCAGCGGCCGCCCCCCCACCGCCGCCACCCCGCCGCCGAGUGCCGAGUCCCCCGGAGCGAGAGGAUUCCGACGACGACGACGACGACGACACUUACGUGAGAAUGGACUUUGCCAGACCUGACAACAAGAAGUUCGACUCUCCCCACAGAGGUUAG